AUGGCCGAAGUCGUGGGGACUAUUUCGGCAUGCCUUGGCAUCGCACAAGCAAUCGCUGCCCAGGUCGAGAAGUUCGCUACAGCUCCGAAGCACGUCAAGCACAUCUCAUCCGAUGUCUCUCUGCUGCAGAGGAUUCUGGAGCAGCUUCGCAAAACACUCAGACCAGAUAAGGGGAAAGAAGUCCUCAACCUGGGCGAAGAGGCUGUAGACAUUGCUCUCAAAUGCGUUGGGCGGUGCACCGCCGUCUUUCGAGAAAUACAGGACAUUCUCGGCAAGAUCCUUGGCGAUGCAAUCCACAGCACUGCGCCAUCCAAGCUAACCUUGACACAGAGGGCAAUGUAUUUGCGAUAUGACGGUGACUUGCGUCUUCUUCGAGAGGAGUUGAAAUGCACGAAACAAAACAUUGUCCUGAUCAACUCGGUGAAUCAGAUCGCCCUAUCUCGUAAAGACCAUCGUAUUAGCUCUGACGACCGCAACGCACUCGACGAGAUGAAGGUCAUGAUUCAACUGCUUCGAGAGAGCCAUAAGAAACCCCCGAGUUACUCUGCGGUCCAUCUGCCCAACACCGAGGCACCGCAAACACAUUCAGAAGACAUAUAUGGGGGCGGAUUCUCAACCCUCGUGCAUGAUCCAUCCCCGCCGGCCAAGGGUCUCGACCAAGCAUCAACUAUACCAGCGCCGGCUGCAAGACAGUACGGUACAGUUCUGAGAUUAGAUCGUGGUUUGAUAUCUCUAGAGCUGCUGGACAAGUGUAGUAUUCGUUGGUUGAAUGAUCCAUUCCUGCAGAACAUGAUCAAUAUACAUGAUUCUCUACCGGACAGUUACCUCGAGCAACUCAUACAGCAGAGCAACGAAAUCAGCGCUGUAGAAAGAUUGCGACUUGAUCAUAGGCGGGGAGCUACAACAACAGAAUCCGUUGCUUAUACCGAAAUCAUAGCCAGUUCGAAGGAGUACUCACCCCCGAGACGUGAGAGUUCUCAAAUACCCAUCAGGGUUGGCAAGGCUCGAGGAUCGUACGCAAGCGUCACCAAGUCCUGGGGUGAAUCAGCUUUAUCAGAAGAGUCAUCUGAUUCUGAGGACGACUACGUGGAAUUUUUGGCCUCCAACUGGGCCCGCCCGUCAAAGAGCAGUCGUCCAAAGGGGACCAAAGCCUUGUCGAAACCCACUCCAGGGAGUACGUGUGAAGCACGUCUCACGAAGGGUCAGAGGGUGUUCCAAUGCCUCACCUGCGGCUUCGACGAUGAGGUUGAUUUCUGUGGCGAUUGUUUUGAGAAUAUGGAGCACGAGGGGCAUGUGAUAGUUGAGAAGAAGGUGGGGACGAGUGACCGGAUCUCACGGGGCUUGGACCAUGCCCAGGUGGUAGCGUUAUUUCGGACGGCGGCCCCUACGAGAGCGGACGAAAAUGACCCGAUUCGCAUCUCUAAUGGCCUAGAGGUAAACUUCUGCCCGUUUGCCAUGGAAAACCGCACAGAAACAAGCGUAGACGUUCCAGGCCGGCAUGUCCAACUUCCUUCGGCCCGCACCGGUCUCUGGAAUCUAAACCUCUCUGCUUCCUUUUCGUCAAAUAUUUCACACUUCCAUAUCACCACCGCCAUCAUUUCCACUAAAAUGGACACCCAUCCGCAUGAUAACGGCCUCACGCUUCCUGCCGAGCUGUCCAAGGACGUGGCUGCUGCAGAGGAUACCAACAACCCGCAAGGCUCGACAUCAGCCGGAGUGCAAACUGCCAUAGAUAUCAUCGACGAUACGAGUGCUUCUGGAGAAGCAUCAAACGGAGUGCGAACUCCUCCAGCUCAAGAAACGGCACCGGCCCCGUCCCAGCCCAGCGAUGCUGCUCACACCGCUCUCAUCAGCAUGCCCAGAGGAUGGCAGAAAUCCUGGGCCUACAGCCCAGAGGACCCCAACGCCUACGUGGAGGCCAUAUACCAGGACUACAAGAGCUGGGACAGUGCAUUCCAGGAGGCCACCCCUACUACCAAGUUUGUGAUGGAUGCACCUCGCGGGAUGCGGCCCGAUUUCAAGUUCCACUCCCGCCAGUAUGCUUCACCAGUCCCAAUCAAUGCCGACUCCGACAGGGUCUACGUCCCCUUGAUCCGCCAUGACUUUAUCAACGACCGAACAGAAUCAACUACGGUAGCCAUGGAUGAGAUUGGCGACUGGGAGGCUCAGGGCUGGACCUUGUGGGAUCACCCGCAACGCCCUUGUGACAAAGAGAAGGGUGGCAGGGAUCCCCGUUCAAUCCCGUCUGCAAGAGAUGUGCUGGAAACUGAUAAGCCGCACGAAGACACGGUGUUUCUUUUCCGGGACCUGGAUCACCGAAAGAUUGGUGACAGUCGGCGACUCUUUACACCCGGACAUCUGGUUGGCCCAGACAACAAAGCCUCUACUUCCCUCUCGUUUGCCCCGGCGGGUGUUCUGCCUCGAUCCGACCUAUCUCUAGACCCACGCACCGCAACACACUCUGCAUUCGUUGUUACGUAUCCUCGUCCUGCAGGUGUCGGUCUGGGAUGGGGAGACUACGAUAGUUUCAUCCCAUGGCAAAGAGCGGGCCGCCAGGUAAAGAAAAAUAUGGUGGAGAGGAAGAACUGGAACAAGGGACAGGAGCCACUCGUCCUAGCUAAAGCUGAUGACCCCAGCGACACACUUGUACUAGCAGGAAAGGAAGAAAACAGCAACUUGAAGUCUCUUUGGGAAAAGUUAAACCCUACACAGGAGCACAAGGAGCGAUACCGACCAACUCCCCGUCGUCGUGCCAGAGACAACCCAUGGGAGUGA